AUGAAGAAAUUACUUACAAUAUGUUCAAUAUGGAUCUUAUUUACGGCAAAAGUUGAUCUACUUUCGAUUCCCAUUUUGUUUAACAUCCAAGACAUGGUUGGUCUGGUCACCGAUAUAUCUGACAUUGCGAUGGGCCGACAUGAUUUGACUGCGGGAAAUCUAUUUCGGAAGAAAACUGACGCUACGAUGGUUGCAGUCAAUAAACUAUCCGAUCAAAUAAGCGAACUGACCGAGACGAUCAAUGUGAAGAUGGACAGAAUGAUGACUGCGGUGCUAGAAGAUGUUCCGGGGGCAAUUCAGUUAGCGAAUCUCAUGAGGAAACUCAUCGAUUUAAUCUCCAGAGUUGACAAAUUGUAUGGAGACUACUUAUUUUACGUGAGAAGAUCUGGUAACGUCACUCAUUAUACUAUCAAGGACUUUGGUAGGGUCAUCACAUCUCACAAAUUCGGAGAUGUUCCCGAUCUUCUGGAUCAAACUUACAGUUUAUUCAUUCCUGGGCAGCUAGAUCAUAAAGAUCAGAGUAUUCUUGAUACUAUGGUAUCCAGUUUGCAGCUCCCUUGUACCCUCUGCAAUUUGCAUGAAAAUGAAGAUUUGUCUCACAUUUUUCUCAAAUGCCCAGUUUAUCAUCCAUACAGAGAAUUUUAUUUUGUACCACUGUUGCCUAACAAACACCUUAGAAGCUGA